AGCCGCCCUUGAAAGAAUAAGAAGUGAGUGAGGUUGAGGGAGAGGACUCCUAGAUUGAAAGUGAAGCUCAUUGAAACAAGCACUUAGUAUAGCGAAAGGAUUGUUUUGACAACUCAAUUGAGUGAUAUCACUUCUUUUUAUGCGGAAGCAGAAGCGGUAAAGCAGGAAGAGAUGAGUGCUUACAAUGCUUUUAAAGCUUGUGCUCCAGUUGCAUGGAGCCCUAAUCUUUACAUAACCCUUGUAAGGGGUAUUCCAGGCACUAGGAGGCUCCAUAGGCGUACCCUUGAGGCAUUGCGUCUUGGCAAAUGCAACCGGACUGUAAUGCGAUGGAACACACCUACUGUUAGGGGAAUGAUUCAGCAGGUGAAAAGAUUGGUUGUCGUUGAGACGGAAGAGAUGUACAAUGCACGUAAGGAGAAACUAGCUAAUCACAAAGCUCUACGUCCUCCUUUGGUUGUAAACCAUCACGCAGCCCCUGCAGCUGAUUCAGUUCAAUAACUGUCGAAACUCUUUCCUGGUCAGAUUUGUAACUUUGGCCUGCUAAUGGUCUGAAAAUGUAGUGCGCCAAGUGAUAUUUUGGAACAUUUUAAAGCUGUAGUAGGAGCUUUUGCUUUUAGCAUGUGCUAUGAAAUUGCAUUGAAUCUUUGUAGUCAGGUGGUGGUUAUUAUUGUUUUGGCUAUAAAUGAUGCUCUGGAGCAGUCUAGAGAGUUGAUUAGUAGGUCGUUACUGUGGAAUAAGGAACUUGAAGAAGGAUGAUAUAAGCUCGUAAACUAAAAACUUGUUCUAGCUUGUUCAUAUGAGGUUACCAGGAAUGAUUCUGUGGUCAUGCUUAAUGAAGGAUUGCUUUAAUGUCAUGU